AUGAAUCAACAGGACUUCCGAAAGUUACUUGCAACUCCUCGACCUGGAUCCGGGGGCUCCGCGAACUCUCGGAGUGGGUUUGCGCUUCCUGGGCGUGGAAAGCCGGCGGGGGCCCUUGGUAUGACACCUCGGAAUGUCAAGCCGACUAAUGUCUUUGCGAAGCCUAAGUCUCCAGGAAAGGAAAAGAAAGAGAAAUCUAUACUGCCGGAAGGAUACGUAGAUCGGGCAAAACUUCGACAACAACAAGCGGACAAAGAGGAGGAGAAGCUGAAGGAUGUAGACGCAAGAACAGCUUAUGAGCAAAGCAAGCUACUUGGUGGUGAUCUGGAACAUACGCAUCUUGUUAAGGGACUAGACUUUGCUUUGUUGAAGAAAGUGAAGCAAGGAGAGGAUCUUAGUGGAGAGAAACCACGGGAAGAGGGGCCCAAGGGUGGCGUGGAAGAAGAUCUGGAAGCUGCUUUCCAGACAGCCAAAGCAGAGCCGCCAAAGAAGAUGACACGCGACGAGCUAUUAGCAAAGAUGCGAGCGGGAAGAACUGUUGCAAAAUCAUCAAAACCGGUAGAGGAAGGACUGGAUAAGUCUAAAUUCAGAAAAAUCGGCGUGCCACCACCGCCGGCCGAGGAGCCAAAGGAAGAAGAAGAGAAAGUCAAGAUUGUUGUCGGACCGGACGGGAAGAUCAAGAGACUUGUCAAGAAAAAGAAGAAGACACAGCAGGAGAAGAAGCCGGAACCUGAACCAGUGGCGAAUCCGAUGAACGAUGACGGUGAUAUCUUCGCAGACGUCGGCGAAUACGAUCCAUUCGCCGGCAUGGACUCAAGCGACGACGAAAAGACAGAUAAGGAAGAAACGAAAGAACCAAGCGAAACCCCAGCAGAACCCCCAAGACGAAACUACUUCACAUCCACCACCGCAGACUCCGACUCCGACGGAGAUAUCACCACCGAAUCCCUCCGCAACGACCCAACUCUCAAAGCCGCCCUCAAAAAAGCCUCACAAAUUGCCGAAAAGAAAGGAACGGAGCUCGAGGAUGAGGAGGAGGUCAAGGCACGGAAGAGGAUGGAGAUGUUGGCUAGGGAUGAUGCGGAUUUUGAGUUUGGGAGUGAUGAGGAUGAGGGGCCGAAGAAGAAGAAGAGGCGAAGAAAGGCAAAGGGAGAUGAUGACGAUGAUGAUUAA